ACCGGGCGAGCGCGCGCGCACCUUCAUCAGCCCCCAUUAGCAAUUGCCAUCGCCUCUCUGUCUCUGUCUCUGCAUCUGCAUCCGCAUCCUGCCUCUGCUUCCUCCACGCCGCAUUAAUUGCCCUGCCUCAAUUUUAAUGAAAGCGCACGGCUUUGGAAGCUCCCAUCAUUAGCCACCCCACAGGAAAGCGACGCCCGCUGCUGCACUAGUACAUAUAUAGGGCUGGCAGCUGAGCGACCUCCACAGUACCACUUCCAUGCCUAUUAUCCAUAGCCCUCCCUCGUAGGCCAUCCAACUCCCCUUGUCGCUCGAUGCCUGCUCUAGCUUCGCAACUUCUUGUACUUGUGCGAUUCGAGCUCAGCUUGAUCCAGUAGGUCCCCCUCUAUAUAUUCAUUCCGUCUUCUGCUUUCCCAUGCCUUCAAAUUUCAGCUCAGUUUAAUAACACGCACCCUGUUGAAACCUCGCCGGAAGAUAUUAAUAUCAUCAAAGUGUUCAUGGCGGCCGGCUACUACGAGAAGUGCGUUCUCUUGGUCGUCUUCUUCCGCGUCAUUCGGUAAUCGAAUCUGUUGCCUACCAUCUGCUCGAAUAAACUGAGAAUGCACAUUGAGGUCAGUCUGAAGAGAUUCCCAAGGGUGGAGAAGGUCGGUAGGAUUAUAAUGCGCGCCAGGAUCAUCGCUUAUUCACAAUUGUUAAAAGUUUGCCAGCAGGCUGAGUACUUCCGUCAGUUGCUUAAGCCUGUUACGUAGAAGCUAUUUCGCUUCGCCCCUGUUUUCUUCCUUCUUCAUCUCUCAAGAUUCUGCUGGAGAAAUUGGCACGCCAUAGUUAGAAAAAAGACCAAAAAAAAAAAAAAAAACUCUUUCUUGCUAUUUAAAAAUUCUAGUCAAUCGUUCUCCACAUUGAACGAUGCGAAGGAACACAGGACACUUCACCGGGAACGGUCCACCCGACGACGAAUACGAGUACCGUGAUCACUACCCUGCUCCUCUUAAUAACAUCGAGUUCGAGUCUACGGACACGUGCCCCAAGAACUACGUCAUCUUCGACCAGACCCGUCACAAGAGCCGGGUCAUGUUCCACCCCUCGCUCGCCCACAAGCUCGGGUCGCCGGGCUUCGACCCGCACGAAGCUGGCAAGAGCUCGUACAGAGACAACGACGAGGAGGCCGAUGGCAUCGACGCGCUGCUUAGCUCAGAAGAAGGCGAUGACGACGAUGACGAUGACGACGUCGUCAGCACGGGAAGGACGCCUAGUUUUCGAGGAGACGUCGGAGGUAGCAGUAGCAGCAACAGCAGCGGGAGGAAGGCGAAGGUAAAGAAGAUGGUGAAGACGUUGAAGGGGAUCAUCCCCGGCGGCGAACGCAUGGAUACUCCUGCCAUGCUCGAUGAGGCCGUAAAGUACCUCAAAUCUCUCAAGGUGGAAGCCAAGAAGCUUGGAGUGAAACACCUUGACCAUUAAAUGGCAACGGAAUCGUGUUCUUGGGACAUUGUGAUUCGAGCAUGGGCAUGGCGAUAGUGGAAGAGUAGUUCUUGUGAUGGUGGUCAACGUCUCUGUUUGGUCUAAUCAUUAAUGAAACUUUGAGCAUGGCUAAUUUUGCUUUUUCA